CAUUUUUAUUUGCUUUAGAGUAAAUCUUGAUUAAAUAUAAUCAUAGCGUGGAUACGGAUGAUGAUCUUUGUUCAUUUGCGGAAGUUUGAUUGACAUAAGAGUUGUUUUAAAGCACGAAAUCGAAAUCUUUUGUUGUGUUCAAUUCCGUGCACCGUACUAAUUUGUACGAUCAAAGCCCCCGCGUUAGAUGGUGCAGUGAAGCCUCCUCGUGCACCGCCGGAGCUUCCCCGCUGAGUUGAGUUAACUGUGGUAUGUGGGGGCGAAGAGUAUGACAAGGUGAUAGGAUCACAGUGUGUCACAUGACCCUCAGUCUAUUUUCUACCUUCCGUCUCUCGAGAUCAAAGUGUGUCACAUGACCCUCGGUCUAUGUUUUGCUCCGGAGAUCGAAUACAUUCCAUGCUCAGCACAUGACCAUCAAUGUUAUCCUUGUAGACCAUGACGUCAUCCAAACUACCCCAUCAACCGCCAUCCGCGUCUAAGCCUGCGACACUGUUCUGAACUCCCUGGACAUUUUUGGCGCUAGGGGUGGGAGAGUCAAUCGCAGGAUGCAGUGAUACCAUCAGGAACAUUGUCAGUUGCAUGACGCCUUGAAACAGAUUCAUAGACUUCUUUUGAAGCAGAGAAAGAGAGAGAGAGAGAGAGAGAGAAAGAAAAAGAGAGAGGAAGAGAGUGAGUGACUGACAGAGAGACAAAUAGACAAAUUGAAAGGAAUAAGGCAUUUGAAAGCCUUAUCCAACCAAGAGUCGUGUUGGAAUUUCACGUAAAAAGCUGAGCUACUGGUGGACUUUGAAGGUGUUUGGACCACACCGCUCUCCAUAUUGAGCUGCCAACCGCCGCCCAUAGAGAUCUGGGUUAACAGAGUGCACCCUGGGACAAUCUAGGGUACCUUCUGGAUUCUUUUAGUCUCUGACAUAGCGACGAAGAUGACAAAUCUAGCAUCGGAUGCAAGCCAGAUGCUGGCUGCUGCCUUAGAGCAGAUGGAUGAUAUUAUUGCAGGUAGCAGAAUACAGGGCAUGGACUAUGACAACGGACCUGUAGUGACCAACAACCAAGUCAACAUCACACAUCCCAAAGAGAACGGAUCACAUGCAGACGUCCCAAGACUCAUCACAGAACUACGCUCAGCAGCAGAGAGAUCCAUAGAGAACGGGGAGGAGAACCUACUCCAUGAUCGGGUAGAGGAUUCCACUCGGCAGUACAUUGUACGGUUGCUAGGCGACAAGAAGCAGGAGCUUGCAACCAGUCCAGGGUCUCAUGAAAAGAUGAAGCGACUUGAAGGAGACAAAGACAGCUUACAACUCCAGGUGAAUGUAUUGACAGAUCAGCUUGAGGCCCAGAACGAGAAGAUAGAAGAACUAGAGUAUGCCUGCGCAAAGAAAAGUAAACAGUUGGCUGAUUCAGAGACUAAGUUACUUCAGGAGUCUGAAAUCCACUGUGAACUGGAACAAAGCCAACAGAAUUAUGCUAUAGAGGCUUCUAAACUCAAGGCUCGACUAGACUCUGUGGAGAAUGAGACUCUUGUCGUCAGAGAGCGUGCUAUCAUGGCCGAGUCCAAGAUUGAGGAGCAGCAACACGAGAUGAACAAGUUGAUGUCAAAAUAUCAACAAAGUCAGAAAAUCGUUGGUGAACUGCAAACGGAAUGUCAUAAAUGGCAGGAGAAGUACAUGGAAACGCAGGUCAAGCUAGUUAGGUCACAGACGGAGACAGCAGAGCUCAAGGCUCGUCUGCGCUACAGCCAUGCUCUUCUUGAUGAUCUUCAAGCCAAGAAAGUCAAAACUCUAGAUAAAGAAGUAGAAAAAGAGAAACUAAAGAUUGCUGUAGAUUCUCUGAUAGCUGGCAACAAAGAAAAGGACAAGACGAUAGAAGAUUUGAACCAGAGGUUAUCAAAGUUCUACCAUGUACAGGAAAUGGCAGCCAUCAAUGGAAGAGUUGAAAUAGAUAUGCUGCUUGACAUUGAAAACCAAAGAACAGAUAGUUUCUCAACCUCCAGCUCAGCUACCGGAGAGACAGACACAUCAAAGGAUAGCCACCAGGUCCCACAAGGAUCCAGCCCAGUCAGUCCAGACAGAGACUACACCAUGAUGGUGGAUAGGACUGAGGAGAUGUUUGGGUCCAAGACCAGCCGACGAUCGGCAAGUCUGGAGAAUCUACAAACCAAUGUCCUACCAUCAACGAAUGAACUUUCCUCUGACCUUUCCCAUCCCUCUCCUGACCCUCAAACGGACUUACCUGUAACAGGUGGCCCUAGAACUAUACACGUCCCUAUACAUAUCCAAGGGGGCACCGUACAACCCCUUCACUCCACCCCUCAAGCUCCCAACCAGGACAGUUCAACCUUCCUUACAGAAGACCCUAGAACUAUCCAUGUUCCUAUCCAUGUUGAAAGGCUCUCACCAGGGCUAGCAGAUCCCUCUUCCCUUCCAGGAGACAUGGAACAUCUGACCACAGGGUUACCAGAGGUGGUCACUUCUGCUUCAAGCAAAACCCCUCCUUUCCCAACCAAUAGUGACCCAAGCUGGGAAGCUGUCCCUAAGAAGGUCAACUUUGACCUGGACGCAACGACGGAGAUCAGUAACGAUCAGAGAAGUUCAGUGGGCGAAGACUUUGAAGAAAGGCCGGGUAUUGAUCAUGUGAGCGUGUUCCUCACUCAGGGCGCUAACUGCAGUCCUUCAAACACAAAUGGCUAUUUAGGGAACGGGGUACGACCCGACUCCUUAGACUCCCCUACUGACCUGACCUUCAUUGACAUUGACGACGCCAACAUGGCACAUUUCCGUCGUGACGUUUCCCCCAUUUCAGGUCAUUUGACCCUACCUGCUCCCAAGAAAACGACCGACUCAGAGGGUGAUUUAGCAGCCAGAAGCAGUCCCUCGGGCUACAGGACGCUGCCCUCCCCUCGUAGGAACCAAGAGUUUGAUCUUCCCAACAAGCAGCAACAAUCGGCUCACGGCGGCACCCCAGAGCCUAGGAAACCCAGAGCAUCGUUCGGAAAGGGACUCUUCAAAAUCACCUCCAAAAAGACUUCCAGUGCUCCAAAUCUCGCCAUGACAGAGUCAGAAGGGGAGGAUGCAUUAGGGGUACAGAGACCAAGAAAUGUUACCUUCCAGAGUCUGGAGAGGGGUGGUUUUCCCGCCCCUCCAGGGACACCGCCCAUGGAAUACCGCAAACGUAAAGGCAUCAAGAAACUCAUUGGAAAAUUAAAGCGUAGUGGAUCAGUAAAUCUUCACAAUGGCGAUGAGGAUGAGGAAGCCCCGGUGGAGUUCUCCAGAAAUGGUCGUUUCAGAGCCACAGCAGGACCAAGACUAGCCUGGUCUAGGGACCUCAAGAAGAAUGAAAAUGGGAAUGGAACCAGUGAGCUGAACGCUCCAUUUGCCAAGUGGGACAGUGAGCAGGUAGCUGAUUGGUUGAGAGGGAUGGGUCUCGCUCAGUACGCUGCAGCUUGUAGAGUCUGGGUUAAGAAUGGUGGAACGCUGCUUGGAGCUGCUCCUCUGGAGCUUGAAAAGUACUUGGGUCUGAAGAAUCCGUUACACCGGAAGAAGCUGCAGCUUGCCCUGCAGGCGAUGGGAUCAGAGUGUGAGGACAAGCAGGGCGACCUGGACUACCACUGGGUCACCAGGUGGCUGGAUGAUGUGGGACUACCUCAGUAUAAAGAUACCUUUCUGGAAGCUAAGGUCGAUGGCAGAAUGCUGCACUAUAUGACAGUGGACGAUCUGUUGCUGUUGAAAGUAACGAGUGCCUUCCAUCACGUGAGCAUCAUGCGUGGUAUUCAGUGCCUACGUCUUCAUAACUUCCAUCCGAGCUGUCUUAGGAGAAGACCCACAGAUGAGCCUUAUGAAACAGGGACCCAGGUUGCACUAUGGACAAAUCACAGAGUGAUGGAAUGGUUGCGGUCGGUAGAUCUGUCUGAAUAUGCACCUAACCUCAGGGGCAGUGGGGUACAUGGAGGAUUGAUGGUCCUCGAACCUCGAUUCACGGCCGAGACUCUAGCCUCCAUCUUGUGUAUCCCUGGAAACAAGACGUUGCUACGGCGACAUCUGAGCACUCACUUCAUCUCUCUGAUUGGUCCAGACAUUCAGCAGCAGAAGAGAGAAGCAGAGAAGCAACCCUUAUUUGUACCUCUCAACUUCCUGGCUAAGGUCAAGCCUAAAAAGAGAACGUUUGGCAAGAGCAGACGAGGGACUGAAAUGGAAGACUAUAUUUGCCCAAUGGACCUUGGUCACCCCUCCAAUCUGAAUGGUCUGUCUCAUAUGAAUGGUAACAGACCUGCUCCACCUAGUUACAAGGUGGAAGUAAGAAGUGCUGGAAAGGUGCACAAGCAAAUGGAUGAGGAUCAAGCAGACGGCCCGGAAAUGAAGGAGGGAACUGCUCAAAAGUUUGGCGCCCUCUCCCAAGAAAUUGAUUCCUUGACGACCAUGCUCUCAGACUCGGAUAUGGAUAGGAGUACACAUGUGUGAUGUCAUCAUACCAACCUCUCACCCAGAUGGGCCUAGGCUUUGAUGUCAUCAUGCCAACCUCCCACCCAGAUGGGCCUAGGCUGUGAUGUCAUCAUGCCAACCUCCCCCCCAGAUGGGCCUAGGCUGUGAUGUCAUCAUGCCAACCUCCCACCCAGAUGGGCCUAGGCUGUGAUGUCAUCAUGCCAACCUCCCACCCAGAUGGGCCUAGGCUGUGAUGUCAUCAUGCCAACCUCCCACCCAGAUGGGCCUAGGCUGUGAUGUCAUCACGUCUCAUCCAGCUACAGUCAAACCUGUCUAUAGCGACCGCCCAAAGAAAACACAAAAAGGGGCCUUUGUAGACAGGUUCCUUUAGUACAUGAUUCAAUGAGAAACCAUUUUCAAGGGAAACAACAAAUGUGGCCUUUGUAGACAGGUGGUCACUAAAGCAGGUUUGACUGUAUUACAAAGUAUUGCCUUUGUUAGAAAGCUGAAACCAAGCCCUACUGUAUGAAUGCUACAUUUUGAUUGGCUGAUUAGCUGAUUGUAUCAAUGUCACUGUUGAUGGCAAUAUGCUGUCAAUGUUUUUUCACUAGCUCUUAUAACAUCAGUCCACAUUCACAUCAAUUGCAUUCUAAGAAAAUUUGCUGAUGAUGUUUCUUUCAAUGAAUGACAUCUAAUUUUUUUAUAUUUCUUACUGAUAAAAUGUACUUUUUACUGCAUGUGAUAUCUUUUAGGCACUUAUUAUAGUUUGCUCACACUGUCUGUAAACUGGUGAGGACAUUUUAACAAAGAAGGAAAAGUAGAGCCACAAUCAAAACCUGCUGAUAAGAAGUAUGGAGCUUUUUUUUUAUCAUAUGAUCUCUUCUUCCUGAUUGGUGGAUAAUAUGAAUGCUGCUUCUGAUUGCAAGUUAUUGGCCAAUCACAUCACAACCACUAGGUCUUUGUGCGUUGCUCAACCAUACAGGAGCUACCCAGCUCCCAUAGGCAAUGCAUUCUGCAUAUUCUUUGAAAUGCCGUUACUUGAAAGAAUGCAAAGAUUUAUGACUUUUUAUUCGAUGAAUUACAAGGACUAGGAAGUGUUAUGGUGCUUGGUCUGACUAGUCUGUUCACACAUCGCAGGCAGAUUUAUUUCGUUUGAUUUCUUUGUAACAUUUUUCAUUUUUAAUUUGCUUCUUACAAUUGCUGAUAGAUUUGUGUAUCAAUUGAGGACAAAAAAGAGAUAUUGUUUUGAACUCUUUUAUUUUGCAGAAAUGAUAUUGAUUUGAAAAAUGUUUAAUUCAUUAGCUGAGAGGAAUUUGAUUUACUUUGACCAUCUCUAUCCUCCUACAAUACAAUAUACAUAAAUUGUGUGAGCCCAUCUUUAUCACUUAUCAGCAAGUGGUGUAAGCUCCAUUUGUUUUUCUGUGUUCUAUCUAAUGAAAACUCAUUGUAAGUAAAAUAACAACACCCUCCUUUUCUAAAGAAAUUUAAAGAACAAUUCACAAAUCUCUUUCACUUCUAUUUUUGGAAACCUCCAAUAUAUAUAUAUAUAUAUAUAUAUAGACAUGUAUAUUUAUAUAUUACUAAAGGCGUAUUUAGAGGGAUAUUUCAAGU